UAAAGCAGCUGCCUAGCCGUUAUCGCCGUUCACCGGUCCAACCACUUGUGUUCCCCUAGCAGCAAGACUUUGUUUUGCCGAGUUUUCUGUGGCUUUCGCUUACCGUUGGUAAAGCCAUGGCCACUGAUGACAGUCAAGGCGCAGGAUGUUCUGCAAGUGCCGAAAAUGCAGAGAAAGAUGAACAGCAAACGAUGCGGAAAGCAGAACUGGAGGAAGAGGCAAAGUUCAAGUCCAAGUACCCGGCGAACGCGAGGCCCGGAGGAUCGCUAUUCCUCCAGAAACGACUGAACAAAGGGCAAAAAUAUUUCGACUCCGGAGACUACAACAUGGCUAAGGCUAAGGGCCAGAAAGUGGUUCCACGGGUGCCCCCCGCCGUCCCCCAGAACCCCACGGGGGAGACCAUCCCCACAGUGGAGUCGCUGCCGCCACGCAAGACCUCGCUGGUACAGAGCAAGCUGGCCACAGGGCUUUCAUCCUAGAAGGUGCAAAGUGGGGCUGCCCGUCCUACGGGGCUCUGGGUGACAUGAAACUCCUUUGUUGUUGUUGCCCCUGAGUGCAACACACGGGGGUGCUCGGGUGGUGCGCUGUUGCUCACUACUGGAAGCACAGUGGCCAUUGGAUCUGAACUGGUCAGGUGCUUAUGAGAUCCAGUCUCGAUUUGGCAAGACUGGGCUAACUUUAAUAGCAUCUGGUGUUUUGUGUUCUGUUACAAGUUCAAAGUUGAAUGUACCGGUGCCCCUUUUGAUCAUUUCAGCCGUCAAUUUAUGACGGUAUCUCGUGCUUGGGCUUAAUUUACCAACAAUACAGGUAUCAUAUUGGAUAGAUUUGUCCCUUGUAGUAGUCUGUAAAAAUAUUAGUGCAAAAGGCCUCGUUCAACAGUUGGAGUGGUGCAGCUAAACCUGCUGGGAAUGUGCAGUCUUUUAAUGCUUUUACAGCUCUUUUUAAAUACAACUAUUUUAUGCAAUGACUGGCCUCCAAACAAAAUCGGAUGAGAACUACAAAGGACUUGUAAGUGUGUCAUCUUAAAAAAAGUUUCCCGCAAUUUCAGUAAAGUUACAUUGCAGCGUGUUGUGCCAGUAACUGCACUAGCACGGUUCAAAAAAUAUUUCGUACACUACAAAACAUAAGGUUUGUGCUGCCAAGUGUUUCCCAUUGCAUAUACAAGCACAUUAUAAAGCCAUUUGUUGGUAAAGUAGCUUAGAAUUUGACAAAUGACAUGGCCUUGAUUGGUCAUACCUUGUUAACACCGCCUCCUGUGCAUUUCUCAAGCAUGCAGGGCGCUGCUUUAACUGUUUGAGCCAAACACAUGUAAAUAAAAGUCUGUACAAACCUUAACAUGCUCAAGACUGCUAUUUCAGUGCUCACCAAAAACUUUACAAGUGACUUUGAAAUGCGGUGCUGUGCACUUACGAUAUGCGAGUUUUAUGAAAGGGAGUACAUGAGUGCUUGGUAAAUAGCCUUGAAAGCAGUCUGGUUGAAAUGAAAAGUAACUGAAUAAGGCGAUGCACUACUUCACGUUAGCUGUCGCCCAAUUCAAGCAAGCAAAUUUGGUUGGCUUCAUUUUGAAAACCUCCUCUAAAUGUAGUCUGUGCUGAUACCUACUAUAUCUGUGCACUACGCCAUGGCCAAGUUCAUCAGAUGACAAUUGAUGCUGCGUUUUGCUCGCAUUAAAUGUCAGCGUGUCUAGAUAUUAAGGUGAACAGUUCACUCAGUUCUAGGCUGCAACGCAGUGUUCACUGGUACUGAUGUGCGGUGCAUGGCACAGUAUGCACCAUUUGUUUUUGCAUUCUUGAUGGCCACCUAGGCAGAUUCGCCUGCUGUGGGUGCCAGCAGCUGGCAGAAUAUUGGUGCUUUCAAUUUGGGCCACAGUGCGUCAUCAGAACUAGACUUCUCUGCCAUGUGCUCAUGUGUUCUUUCAUAGUCUCGCAAUAGUUCUUAAUGCACAUGACAAUAAGUAGUUACAACAAAGGGCUAUGUAUACUGCACUGUCUAUUGAAAUUGUGCAUGACAAUGCUAUAACAGUUAAAUUUUCCAAUUGCCCAGCACUGUUACAUGUAGACUGCACUGUAGCUUCAGUGUCCAGCAUUCAACACACUUUGCAUCAUGCAGUACAGGCCAGUUCAAAUUGCUUGAGAAAGCAUCAGAAAGCAUUGUAAACAUACUCAGCAUUACUGAUGAAGAGAGUAAAUGUAGGGUCAAGUCCUAUAAAUCCAGGACAGCUCUGACACAUUUGCCUGUACUUGGAGACUGGAGUGAGCCAACCUUCAAGAUGUGGUCGAUGUGUGUGGCAUUUAGUGAAUGCGACUUCUGGGGUUGAAAUAAAUCUUUUACUUGCUGAAUACUGAAGGGACCUGAGUUGAUGCCAAUGUUGAGUGAAGUCAGUGACCUUGUACCUUUGCUGAGAGUAUCCUGGCAGGAACUGGAUGGCCCAGGCCCAUUGUGCAUGUGAUUGAAGGAAUCUCGUGAAAAGGCCACACUGGCACAGACAGGUAUGAACAUGCCUUAAAGUGUUUGGGUCACAGUUUCUAUGUAAAAAUUUCUUGACAUAUGAGAACUUGAUCUCCAUCAGUUUCAUGCAGGGCAUUGUAUGAUUUGCAACAAAACUGCAAUUAGCCUCAUGAGAGGCACAACCUGAUGCAUGCGCCUUUCUUGACUAGCAAGUGCUGGCUACAGGCACAUGUACAAUUGCAGGCUGGGUUCACAAAACUUUUCGUUCACAAGUGUGUCCCGUUGGUCAGUACCUUUGUCUUGUUCACUGCUGCACUUCGCCAGUGCUUGUUCUUGUAUUAAAUGGCUGUUAAAUUGUA